AUGGCUAAAACUUUGAAUACGGUAUGGGGUUGUUGUACACUACAAGAAGGAUACGAUGAUGAUAUCAAAUAUACUAAGUGUUUGAAGGCGUACCACUUAGCUUGUGUUUCUGUUAAAGCCUUGGAAAUAAACUUAAAAUGGAUCUGCCCAAAUUGUGCCAGUACUAUUCCAAAACGUGGCACUAUUGAUAAUACUCCGGUACGUUUUAACCCCAAUGUUACCGUCCGUUCCUAUAAAAGACAAGCGCUAUUAUCGCCACCGAACAACAAUGAAGCACAUCCUCUUACCCAUGAUGACGUACGUGCAAUUAUGAACGAUGUCUUAAAAUCUCACAUGGCAGACUUUACAAAAGAAAUAAACCGCAGUUUACGAGGAAUGUUGGAUGCUGAAAUGAAGACUAUUAAGGGUGAUUUUAAGGAAAUCAAGAAGUCUAUGGAGUUUAUAAACGGAACGUUUGAAAUGCUUCAAAUUGACCAUAAAGCAAACCAAGAAAAUAUAAAAAGUUAG